UUUAAUGUUUUUGUUUUCACUGGUAACAUUUUUUGUUGUCUGUUAAAAUAAAACAAAUUAGGAGGAAAAACUAAACAAACUGCUGCAUUUUGUUUAUACUUCAUACAGUUAAUGUUAAUCUUUGUAUUCUGGGAUUUUUUCAAAAAUAUUCGAUGCUUUCGAUUUUUAAAAAUAUUAUCAUAUAUUAUAACUGGCUUCUGGUGGUAAAAGACAGAGCCAGCUGCAUACAAACCCCUUCUCUGGGUGCAUGUAAUAAUUCCAAAAAAGGGGGAGAACAGUAAUUCUGAUAAGAGUGUUUCCUUCUCACAGGCUGUCGUCCUACAUCAGAGCACAUGCAGGUGUGUUGGCAGUGGGAGUGAUGCUGGGAAACGUGGGAAACUCCUAUCACAUUCCCAGGAUACUCCCUUUCUGGUUUGCUCUCAGAAGGACAAUGAUUCUGCUACAGUGGUGGGUGAUUUUUACUGCUGAUUUCUUUCUUUUAUGCUUGUCCAGCCAGCUUCUUCAUAAGAAGCGACAUUGUGUAUUUCACAUGGACAGAGUGACAACGAAUUCACUGAAAAACCAAAAAUACCAAGCGGCUGGAAGUGUGAAUGGCUCAGUGCAGGUCUGUGAGAACACCAGCUGCUGUGUAGGUUAUUUUCAGGUUCUUAAUAGCCAGCCAGUGGUCCAUUUUCUGGCUUGCGCUGUAGCAGAGACGUCUUGUCCAGAUGCCACCUGCAGGACACACACGUUGUUGAGGUGGAACUACACUAAAUGUGUGUGUAACACAGAUCUGUGCAACGGCAACGUCACCUGGAUGCCAGACUCGGAACCGCCCCGACAAACCCACUCACACUUCACAGUUAUAAAUGUUGCUGUGAUUUCCACUGGAACUUUGCUUGUUUUGUGCUUCUUGAUUGCCGUCGCCAGAUGGACAUGCGUCUCCAAAAACAAAGGUAACCAACAAGUCUCCACUUUUAACAGCAGUCCCUCACCACUGUGUUCCUGCCAAACAACUGAACCCUCAGACGUUGACAUAGGUGACAUUGAGCUACAGCAGAUUCUUGGUCAUGGGAGUUUCUCGACGAUAUGGCAGGGGAAAUACCAAGGAUCCACAGUGGCUGUGAAAGUCUUACCUGCAGCAUGGAAACAGAAGUUUACUGCGGAGAAGGAGGUUUAUGAGCUACCACUGAUGAAGCAUGCUGGGAUCCUGCACUUUCUGGGCACAGGAAGGAAGAAGGAUGAUGGCGGCUGGUUUAUUGUUUUGCAGUCAGCCGAAUGUGGUUCUCUCUGUUCUUUCCUGCGCGAACGCGCUCUCAACUGGAUGCAGUCGCUGAAGAUGUGCCGUUCUUUAUCGCAGGGGCUUUCCUAUCUUCACUCUGACCUUCACAGACUUGAUAUGCACAAGCCCCCGGUGGCCCACCGAGACCUCAGCAGCUCCAAUGUACUGGUGAAGGCUGAUGGUACCUGUGUCCUGUGUGAUUUUGGAAGUUCCACAAUCCUGCGUUCCUGUUCUGGACGUCCAAAUGACCUCACAACCGUGAUGGGUCAGUGGCAGUUGGGGACGCUGUGCUACAUGGCCCCUGAGAUCCUGGAGGGUGCUGUCAACCUACACAGCCUGUGCUCUCUAAAGCAGGGGGACAUUUAUGCUCUGGGACUGCUGCUGUGGGAGAUCUGGAUGCGCUGUUCAGAUUUAUUCGAUGGUCAUACUGUUCCACAACAUCGCCUGCCUUAUGAAUCUGAGCUUGAGGGAAAUGUAACUCUGGAAAGCCUCAUCAUGUAUGUGAUCAACUCAGUCAGGAGACCCAGUAUACCUAACCACUGGAAGCUGCUGCCACAGGGAUCUGCGUUGGUGGAGCUCCUGACAGACUGCUGGGACUUUGACCCAGAUGCUCGACUGACAGCUCAGUGUGUUGUAGACAGAUUAGAUUCUCUUGGGUCUGCCGUGACUCCUUUACUCUUGCAUGAACGAAUGUUUAAAUGA